GCCUUCCCAUCUGUAUGUGAUUUAGGCAGAGGCUCGGGGGAGAGGCAAGUCCGCUAGGGGAGUGGAAUCAGAGCAGGGAGGGAGGGAGAGAAAGGGAGGAAGUCUGUUUGUUUUACAGGACUCAGCCUGGGCCGAGACGAGGUGUAGUGCCGCAUCUGGAGGUCAAAGUAGUGGAACGGGGAAGCCAACGAGAGUGGCAGAGCAAGAGGAGUUGCCCAGAUAGUUUCCUACAGCCAGGAGACACUGACGGAGACACUGACGGAGACACCGAUCAGUGCUCCACAGUGCAAACACACAAACAUGGCUGUUAUAUCUUUGUCCUGCCUCUGCCUUUUCUGCAUCCUCUCAGGGAUUGUCUAUCCAGCUUCUGCCGCCAGACUUGGGGAACAGCAACAGUCAGUGCUGAAAGUGUGUCUGAAGGGAUUUUUCCUGAGUGAGCAAAAUAUAUGCUUACCCUGUAACUGCAAAGGCCAUGCAGAUUACUGUGAUGACAUCACUGGUGUCUGUAAAAACUGCAGGGACCACAGUGCAGGGGAUUUCUGUGAAAUGUGUGAAGAUGGUUAUACGCUGACUUCCAGUCUGGACGGACGCCACACGUGCCGACCCUGUGCCUGCCCCCUCUCUGUCCCCACCAAUAAUUUUGCAGUGCACUGUGACAGAGGAGGUGCCAUUCUGCGGUGCAAGUGCCAAGAGGGCUACGCUGGACAUUUCUGUGAGAGGUGUGCUCCAGGUUACUAUGGCAACCCAAUGGCUAUUGGUAAUUCCUGUAAGAGAUGCGACUGCAACAGCAACUCUGACCCUAACCUGAUCUUUAAUGAAUGCCACAACGUGACGGGCCAUUGCCAGCACUGCUGGGGAAACACUGCCGGUGCCAAGUGUGAGAGGUGUGCCCCAGGUUUCUACGGUGAUGCCAUCAGUGCUAAGAACUGCAGAGAGUGUGAGUGCAAUAAAUGUGGCACCUCCUCAUGCGACGACCGAACAGGAGUGUGUCACUGCAAGCCAGGCGUCACCGGGCAACUGUGCGACCAGUGUGAGGAGGGCCACUCUGGUUUCUCCAGCUGUCAGGGCUGUCAGAGGUGUGAAUGCGGACCAGCCUCUAUCCGUUCCACCUGCCAUCCUCUUACCCACAGCUGUCCGUGCCGCCCGGGGGCUGGAGGCCGUUACUGUGAGCGAUGCCUCCCAGGCUACUGGGACUACAGCCCCUCCGGUUGCCAGAAGUGUGACUGUGAGAGUGGCCACUGUGAUAUGCAUACAGGAGAGUGCCUUCUGGAGGCUGCAACAGUCAACCUGUGCAACAUCAGUUGUGAUGAGUGCAUUUGGCAUCUGAUUGGGGACUUGCAGCUGUCGAAUAAAACACUGGACCAGUUGAAAGUGGGAGUGUUGAAUAUCUCCACGGGUGCUGCUGCCAAUGACAGGCUCAAAUACUAUAACUACACUGCUCAACGACUGCAGGCUCAGUUUCUAGGCUGGAGACAGAAGUCCUCUGUGAUGAAGGCCCAGACUGGGGAGCUGGAGGAGGCCACAGAGGCUGUAGUGGUGGACAUCAAACAGCUGAGAAAAUUGGAGAGCGUGGUGAAGACUUUGGGAAACAAGAUGGAUAAUGACACACUAAAGACCUUUGCCCUGGCAGAGCAGCUCAGCACAAACCUCACUGAUCUUAACCUGCGCGUUGAAGAGAUGAUCCAUGACUGGGAGCUGUACAGUGAUCACCAGGAUGUGGAUCCAGAGGUGGUCAGACAGAACACUGAGAUGGCCCAGGGAAUAGUGACCUGGAUGAGGAAACUAGAUCUGUCACCACGAGAGCCUAUCGCCACUGAUGAGUCCACUGAAGCCCAUGACUUACUGCGGCGUGUUCGUCAGUUGGAGAAGAAGUUGAUGACCACAGACGCCCGCCUUCCACCUGUCAGGGAGGACCUGUCCAGCUUUUUCACCAAGCUGUCUGACGCUCAGGAGUUUCUCCACAGCGCAGCCAGCACCAUCCAGGAGACGGACAACAGGAACAGAGCCAACAUCCUCAAAUUCCAGAGGAAUGAGGCUAAAAAGCAGAGGCUGGCAGAUGACCAUGAUACUGUCAACAAAACAUUGGAUACAGCCAGAGGCUUCACUUCUGAAACAAAGAGGACCGUGGUUGAGGUGGAUGCUAUAGUGCAGAACGUGACCGAGUACCAUGCAGCAAUUGAUGGCGCCAGCCAAAAGCUGACAGAGAAGACUGAGAGACUCUCCCUGGCUGACAGAGAUCUGGUGCAGAGGGCUGAUGAGCACGCUGAGGAACUGGAGAAACAGGCCAACCAACUGGAGGAGGAUCUGAGAGAGAGUGAUGCCAAUGGCUUUGUGCAGAGAGCCAUAAGUGCUGCCAACGUCUACAACAACAUUGUGAAAUACAUCGAUGAUGCCAAUAUCACCUCGCUCACCACCCUCAACUUAUCCCAAAGAGCUGAAGAUGCCAUCACUGGAAUCAAUGUACAGCUUGGACAUCUGCUGACACGGAGCAACAAUGUUUUUAAAGAGUCUGUUUCAUUGCGCUCAGAGCAAAUUGAGAUAGAAACUGAGGUGGUCGACAAGUUGAAAUACAUUGAGGAGACCAAGGAGACCAUGGAUAAAAACACCAACAAACUUGCUGAAAUAGUGGAGAGCAUUAAUGGAAUUCAUACAGACAGCACACCACAGCGACUAGAGUUCACCCUAAAGGUGGCUGAGGGAACUCUAAACCGCUCUGCAGAGGUACUUCAAAACAUCACACCCAUCACCACAACGGUGGAGGAGUGGGCCAACAAUAUGAGAAACGAUGAAUACUCUACAGCUGCUUAUGAACAGGCCAUCUUGUCCGCUGGGGAAGCAGUUGACAACCUGAAUGUGCUUGUUCCUGAGCUGUUGGAUAAGCUGAAGGUAGUUGAGGAGAAGAAGCCUGUCAACAAUGUGACUACCAACAUCAUGAGGAUCAGAGAGCUCAUAGCCCAGGCCAGGAGUGUGGCCAAAAAAGUCCAAGUAUCCAUGAAGUUCAACGGUCAGUCCUCAGUGGAGGUUCACCCUCACAGCAACCUGGAGGAACUGAAGACAGUGACAUCCAUCAGCUUGUUCAUGAGAGUGGACCCUGACAAGGAUCCAAUAGAGGAUCGUUUCAUCUUAUACCUGGGAGAUAGAAGUGGUAGAAAAGACUACAUUGGGCUGGCAAUCAAGAAUGACAACCUGGUGUACGUGUACAACCUCGGCGGUGAAGAUGUUGAAAUCGCCCUGAGUUCAAAGCCUGUCAGCCAAUGGCCCGCAGUCUUCAACUACAUUAAAGUAGAGAGACUGGGCAGACAUGGAAAAGUCUUCCUGACCAUCCCCAGUCAGAGCUCUACAGACGAGCAGAAGUUUAUUCAGAAGGGAGAGGCUCUAGGCACUGACUCACUGUUUGACAUCGACCCAAAGGACGUAGUGUUCUUCGUUGGUGGUGUCCCUCCAGAUGUCAGGCUUCCACCUCCUCUGAGUCUUGCUCCUUUUGUGGGCUGCAUCGAGUUGGGUUUGCUGAACAACGAUGUUAUCAGUCUGUACAAUUUCAAACAGACUCACAAAAUCGAUGUCAUUACAUCAACGCCGUGCCCCAGGUACAAGUUGGCCUUUUCCCAGAGUCGUGUUGCUAGCUACCUGUUUGAUGGAACAGGCUACGCACUCAUCACUGACAUUGAGAGGAGGGGCAGGUUUGGUGUCGUAACAAGAUUUGAUAUUGCAGUGCGAACUGUCGCAAACAGCGGUGUCCUUUUCCUCAUGGUCAAUGCGGAUAAAUAUUUCCUUUUAGAGUUAAGGAAUGGCUUCCUGCGCUUAAUGUACGACUUUGGCUUCAGCAGUGGGCCUCAACUGUUGGAGAACAACUUACCAAAGCUGCAAAUAAAUGAUGCACGAUACCAUGAGGUAUCAGUGAUCUACCAUCAGUCAAAGAAGGUUAUCCUACUGGUGGACAAGAGCCAUGUUAAAUCGAUGGAGAAUCCAAAAACCACUUUACCUUUCUCAGAUAUCUACAUAGGUGGGGCUCCCUCAAACAUUCUUAAAUCCAGGCCUGAGCUGGCUGCUGUCACAGGCCUGAAAGGUUGUGUGAAAGGUUUCCAGUUCCAGAAAAAAGACUUCAACUUGCUGGAGGAGCCUGGCACCAUUGGCAUUAGCAGCGGCUGCCCUGAGGAGUCCUUUAUGUCCCGUGAAGCCUAUUUUACUGGAGAGAGCUACCUUGGUUCCACAGCGAAGAUGUCACCCUUCGAUAACUUUGAGGGAGGACUCAACUUUAGAACACUGCAGCCCAGUGGGCUGCUUUUCUAUCACAGUGAAGGGUCUGAUGAGUUCAGCAUUUCCGUCGAGAACGGAGCAGUUGUGCUGAACUGCAGAGGCACACGAGUUAAAUCUCUCAAGAAGCAAUACAAUGAUGGAAGGACACACUUCUUAAUGGCCUCAGUGAACAAUCAGAAGUAUUCACUGUUAGUUGACGACAAAGACAAGCAGGAAAAGAAACGACCAUCAUCUGCUACGAGAUCCUCAUCAGGCUCUGCAGUAAAGAGAUUUUACUAUGGAGGUUCUCCAAGCAGCAGCUUCAAGAACUUCACAGGCUGCAUCAGCUAUGCCUACAUCAACAGACAGGACCGGGACAUUGAACCAGAGGACUUUCAGCGGUACACAGAGAAGGUCCAGACCUCCCUGCAGGACUGUCCAGUCCAGCGCCCCCCUGCUGCUCUGCUGUCAAGGCACAGAGAGAAUAACUUGAGAGCCAAAUCACAUAAGGUGAGCAGGGAGAGGUCCAGCCUACCACUGGGCCUGAUGGAACCAAAGAGUGAUGAGCAGAAACCAUCAGAGGGGAACACUGAGCCCUGCUACCUCUCUCCAAGUCCUAGAGCAACUCGCCAAGCAUUCCACUAUGGUGGCAUUGCCAACAGCAGGCAGCACUACACCAACCUCCCAGACUCCCUUUCUGAGAGGUCUCACUUCUCCUUGUCCCUGAAGACACACUCAUCCUUUGGCCUCAUCUUUUAUGUAUCUGAUGUCCAAGAGCAUAACUUCAUGGCUCUCUUCCUGGCCCACGGGAAGCUUGUAUACACCUUCAGUGAAGGAGACCAAAGAGUAAAAAUCAAGAGCGAGGAGAAAUACAAUGACGGUGCAUGGCACAAUGUUAUAUUUAUCCGUGAUGGGAGCAUGGGGCGGUUAAUAAUUGAUGGGCUCACAGUGCUGGAAGACAGAGCUCAGGGAAGCAACGCCUCUUGGCAUGUCAGCAGUCCCAUCUAUGUUGGAGGAGUUCCUCCAGGAAGAGCCCUAAAGAAUGUUCAGAGAAACUCUGCAUACAGCUUAACCGGCUGCUUAAAGAACCUACAGCUUGAUGGGCAGUGGCUGUCCUCCAUGGCAGGGAAUUUUGGGGUCACUCCAUGCUACGAGGGACUCUCUGAAGUGGGAACAUACUUCUCAGAGGAAGGAGGAUAUGUUGUGCUGGAUGAAACAUUUGAGCUUGGGCUAAAGUUUGAGUUGGUGAUGGAGGUGCGCCCCCGUGUGGCAUCUGGCGUCUUACUGCAUGUGCAGACAGCAGAGGGUUAUUUCACUAUCUACAUUCAUCAAGGGGAGGUCGUGGUUUUUGUGAACGAUGGCUCUCAUGAGUACUUCACAAAGGUUUCACCAAGACGUGGUGUGUGUGCGGGCAACUGGCACCGAAUCACUGUGAUCCGGGAUGCCAAUGUGGUCCAGUUGGAUGUGGACUCUGAGGUCAACCAUGUGGUGGGACCUCUGAACCCCAACUCCACAUAUACCAGGAAGCCAGUAUUCGUUGGUGGAACUCCAGAUCUUUUCCUCCCAGAAAGCAUCGCCGCCAGAAAGGCCUACGUGGGCUGUGUGAGAAACCUGACCAUCAAUAACAUCCAAGUGAGCUUUAGCAAAGCUGCUCUGGUCAGUGGAGCAGUCAGCGUUGGAGCCUGUCCAGCAGCAUAACACUUGUGUCCACACAGUCACCAUCCCUGAUCCAGUACUGACCAAACACAAUAAAAACUCUCUUUCUGUAAGACAUAACCAUUGAGAGAAUUACUGUCACCGCUCUUUUCAUUCUGUUUCAAUGAUUGUGAACACUUUCAUUAUUUUACUGUAAUUUGUGAUUUCUUGUUCAUUGUUUGACGUGAAAAUGUCUCACACCAAGACCAUGACCAAAUCCCUAAGAAGUAAAGAGAAUAUAAACAGAUUUCAGGUUUAGAACCAUCCUAAAGAAACCAACAGUUUAUCCAAGAUUUAGACUCUAAUUAUUUCUUAAAGAAGAAGGCCUUUACUUUAAUUCUUCACAACCUCAAUGGCACAUUUUUUUGUACACGCUCAUGUUCAAAACUUUCCUUUUUACUUUUUUAUUUCUGAUGAAUAAAAAAAAAUAACACCAGU